AUGAGCUAUGAGAGCUACCAGCGGGAUACCCUCCCCUAUCGAUAUGGCGUCAACGCGCCCUUAGGAGACGUAGAACUCCUCCGCGACGACUACUCGCCCCGCCGCUUAUACAGAAACCGCCCCAACCGCGACGACACCAACUGGCCAGACUUCGAGGCCAUGUACCAGCCCUUGCGCCACCUCGACUUUGUCACUCCCACCACACCGCCACAACCACAACCGCAACCACAGCCAGCGCCCAGAGUAUCAGCAUCAGCACGACCAAAACGACGCUUUCUCCGCGCAGCCCUCGGCUGGUUCCUCGAGUGGUUCCUCACCGUCUGCAUAUACCUCGUUUUCUACAACGUCAAGAAAUGCCUCGAGGGGCUGUCGAUACUGCUAUCGGACUGGGACGGCUCGCUGCACCGGCUCAACACCUGGGCGUCGUCCUCCAAAGCCCAAGCAUCGCACUACACAACCUCCAAGCUCCCCCCGCUCCUGCAACAAGCAUGGUCCUCCCUAUCCCAGGCCCUCCCCCCGCUGCUCCACAAAGCCCACACCGCCACAUCCCGCCUCGCCGCCCAUCUCUACAGAUACCACGCCACAGCCCUCCCGCCGCUGCUCCACGCCUCGCAGGCGGCACUAACGCGGCUGCUCCACGCCUCGCAAGCAGCACUGACGCAGCUCCCCCCCCUCCUCCGCGACACCGCCGCGCGCACAACGCAGCUCCUCCACCACGCCCGCUCCGCCGCAACCGGCACCCCUGCAUGCCGCUCCGCCGAGUGCCUCCGCAUCGCCGCGCGCACAACGCGCUUCGUGGCCGAGGCGCGCGAGCUCGCGGUCACGGCCCUCGUCGCGCUCAGUUUGCUGCUUGUGAUUGUGGCGGCGCAGUAUGCGCACACGGCGCUGGCGAAGCUGGUCCAUGGGGUGCUGCGCGUGCUGCUGCUGGGCGAGAAGUGGGCGAGCAGUAGUAGCAGCGACAGCAGCAGUAGCAGCAGCAGCGCGACGGGGGCGAGUGCCGGUGGUGGGGGCGUGGCGGUGAGCGGGGGUGCGACACGACGGGCCGUGCUGAACGUUGAGAGCCUGCAGAGGCGGGCGGAGAGCGUGUCGUUGCUGAUGGAGGUGUUUGGGAGGACUGUGGGUGAUGGCGGUGGGGAGGUGCAGGGGGAGCAGCGGGCGAUGGUGGCGAUGGCGCUGAGGGAUGUUGUGAGCAUUGGGAAGGAGUUGGGGAUUGAGGAGGCGGCGGCGGCGGCGGUGGGAGGAGGUGCGGAGGGGCAGACGGUGGAGACGGAGACGGGGACGGGGACGGAGACGGGGGAGGGGGUGUGUGUGGUGUGUUAUGACGGGGUGGCGGAUAUGGUGGUGCUGCCGUGUAAGCAUUUGGCGCUGUGUGUGACCUGCUGCGACGGCAUGAGUAUCCGCGAGCGCGGCGGCGCAGGCCACGGCAAUGCGAAAUGCCCGAUUUGUAGAGCGAUCGUUACGGACCGAAUGAAAAUAUUCCGAAGCUAG